AUGUCUGCACCAUCAGUUCACGAAUAUGCCCGCUUCCACCGCCUUGCUAUUGAUCACGCCUCCGAAGAUCUGGUAAAGUACAUUUCACAGUUACCACUUCGUGCCAUUGAGGAUGACCAUCAGCUGUCCAAUCCGGAUUUCUCGACAUUUUCUGACAAGCUCGCAGAACCGAAGUUGCAGCUCAGCCAGCAAGCUACCUCUCUGCUGGCCGAGAGCGUUCUGGACCACUGCCCUUCCAUCAAUUGGAGCCAUUUUCUGCCAGACCGGCACCGUGUCCACAACCUGAAAAUUGAGGAGACUCUGCUAUCAGGGGACCACCAGACAGAUGUUCGCCGUUUCAGGGGUGAAGCUUUGAGCCACGUGGAUACAGAGCAAUUCUUUGAGACGUGUUCUUUGAUCAGUUCUGCAUCAGGGCAGGAUUUCCAAGAUGAGUGGAACGACAUCCAAUCUGGUCACGCUCGGAGAGGAGUCGAACAAGAGCUGGAAGAUGAGAGAUGCCAUACUACGAAAGAGGCCCUGGUACAAUUGUCAGCUUCUUUGAAAGACCCUGUGAGCGAGGAAAUGGAGGCCACGAUACUCAACAGCUUCGGCUCCAUGUUGAAGGUUCGCUUCCCGAUCUCCUGCCUUUCAGACCUAACUGACGAAGCGAAGAAACCACGAGCGAGAUCCUUGACACCCGUGUUGAUGUCAGAGUCGCCAGGCCCACGAGUUCUGUCACCUCCUGAUCUGGACUUCUCUCUUCGAUCUGAUGAAGAUGUUGACCUGGAUAGUCUUCUCCUUCAGCUGGAGAUGGAGAUGGAAGACAAAGACCAAAUACCGUUCGACGGGGUCAGCAACGGAAGUCUGACGAUGGCCGAAGGGAUUGUGGACGCGACUAAGCUGGAGAUCGAAGAGGAUCUGAGAAUAGAGACAAUAUGUGCACCAGUUGCUGAGUACCACCGAGAGAGAAGGGGCCUUGAAAGUCUGCGGCUUGAUGUGCCAAUGGUUCCUUCUUCUUCGCAAUUCGAGCAACCGAGCGAGCAAGCCGCCAUCUUGUCGCCUCCAGCAGAGCCUGGGCAACCAGAUCGAGCCUGUCUCUUUACCCGAACUGCUCCACGUAGCCCCAUCGUCGAGAUUCAACCGAACUUAACAACGACAGAAUGCACAGUCGACACCAGUAACCUAGGUUCUCUUGAAGAUCUACUGUCCUCCACAACCGUUAAGUCUGAAAAUGUUGGAUUUGAGGCGAAACAACAGGAUGACCUUGAUGAAGACCUGAUCAAGUUAGCCGACAAAGCGGCAAAGGAGACAGAUACCUGGUUGAGACGCGACAAAAUCAGCAUACCAGAAGAAUGUCUGAAACAGUCAGUGCCACAACUGAAACAAUUUUCUGUCAUGUCUUCGCAUAACGGUCAAGGUGCCGAGUUUCUGAUGGGCAAACUUGUUGAGAUGUGCUUAAUCAACCCGCAGACGGGAAACUUGCAGAACGAGAUGAAACUUAACUGGUCACCCUUUCCGUCUCGUUUCAUCAAGCUGGACCUUGUUGACAGUAUUCAGGAUGAUGGCAAACUUCACAGCUUUCUGGACCCACCGCAAGCAAUUACCAAAAGUGAGCAAAUGCUCUGGAAACGGCCUGGCCUUCGCAUUCUCGAUACGAAUUAUGAGAGUGAUGGUGAAAUAGAGGAGGACUCUGAGCUGGCCGAGCCUAUCGUCCCAGCCAAGAGACCCAAGCAUGGAUUGGACUCGCCCUGCACGUCACCAACCAAGAAGUCUUGCAUGUUGGAGACCAACGGAAUCCCGAAUUCGCUAGGUUACAAGAAUAGCCAGGCCUUGAACGUCUUCUCGACUUCCAAUGCAUUGGCAACAUUUCUUGAUCUACGAGGAGGAAAGUUCAAGAGAGUUGCACAACUACAACUACCUUCGGUAAACGAACUUGCAGACGAUCCCAUUCAGCCGACACAGUCUGAAGAAGACGGUCAGAUCAGCCCGGCGCGCAGUUUGGUCUUGAAACCAUCGGGAGCACUGGCCGAGUUGAACCCAUCCAUCAUCCAGGUACCCUCAACACCGACCGAAACUGUAUUUGCCGGUGGCAACUACGAGGUUUACCCACUCAUGGAGUUGAAAUGGCCUAGAACGAUUUUGAUCGAAACAGGCAUUCUCGCAAGAUACCCUUCGCUCAUCAGCUUCCUAGAGACAAAUGGAGGAACACAACUUAAUAUGAUAUAUCGAGAGAUGAGCCAAUCUAACCGUGACCCACCCCUUUCAGCGUCUCCGGACAUGAUUUUGAAUCCGACGACAGCUCUUAUAUUCACAACUUUGCAGGCAUUGAACCAGAAAGGCUUGCCUGGACAAGGAAUCGAAGCAGGCCAAGCUAUGGUUCAGAGCAGAAUCCUGAGACUCGGAUAUGACUACACCCAACUUUUCGUUCUGGUUACGACUCUAGGUCCCGAGGGGAGCAUGCUGCAGUCACAGAUUGACACAAUGACCAUUUUUGUGGGGUUCUGUGCAAAUGCCUGCUAUCGCUAUGGCCUUCGUGUGCAUCCUAUUUGGGUCUUCUCGAAGCAUGGCGGUCGAUCAGUUGAGACCGCUCUUAGCAAAUGGAUCUGGAAUCUGGCUUGCCGACACGGGUUUCCCGAGACUUACCCGUGUCAGUCCCUGCAUCCGAAGAUAGAUACAGUUACAAUCAGCAACGAAGAGACGCUCUGGGAGCAAUUUCUAAAAAAGGCCGGCUUGAACCCUAUGGCGGCCCAGGUUGUCCUUGGAGGGUUGAGAAGAGCAGACCCACCUGACACGACAUUUGACCAGAACUGGGGGUUGAGGAGGUUCGUGGAGAUGCACCCUGAUGAGCGGAGAGACAUGUUUGCCGAGAUAUUGGGACGGAGAGUAGUUGAGAGGAUCAAUGCAGUACUUGAAAAAGACUGGGGCUGA